AUGGAUGACAUCAAUACACUUUUGGAGCAGACGGGCCUUUCUUCUAUUCAAAGCUCUGGACUUGCUAUAAUAUCUAUAUUUGGAGUAUCGGAUAAUACAACACAAGCAAGUCCUGCCAUCUUGGCUAAUCGAAUCGUUGGAAGUGCUAUCUUUAGUCAUCGAAAGGAACCUAUAAAGGAAGGAACCAUUGAACUUGUAAAAGGAGGACUCCAGUUAUAUGUUGACUUGAAAGCAAACACGGUCUAUUUGUUUUUAGAUUCUACUAUAGACACAAGCAUACUUGGAAGCCAACGUGAGCGUACAGCUAUGGAUUAUCAGUCUAUCAAUAUGAGGAGUUUAUUGUUCAUGAUGACCGUGUCUCACUUGGUGAUUCCUAUAUUACCGCCCUCUUUACUACCAACAGACUUUCUAUCUACACUUGUCACCUUAUCACAGACAAAACUAAACAUGUACACUCACUUGGCUCAAUUUCAAUCGUGUUGUUGGAAAUACUGGGAUAUUUCAGUACCUUAUGCACUAUUCGAAAAAAAGGAAUUUGAUCGUAUCAGUCCAAGUUUUUUAGGAUGGUGGGGGCCUGCCAAAGGUGUCCCGAUGCUGGUAUUUGUUGCUUCUGAUGUAUUACUACCAGAAACCACUCCAGCAACCAUCAAAAAGAUGCAAGAAGCCUUACAACAAAGGAUCAAGAAUAUAUUUCGAGCGACUCAUCUUAUACCUUCCAGGCAAGAGCCAGGUAACUCAUCUCAUGCUCCUGUAGAUGUCAAGUCACUCUUCCUUUUACCUUCCACUUCACAACCCAUUAUCCAUAUUAUACCUUCAAUGCCCAAACCUUCAGUUGAGACAGAGUAUACACUUGAUGAGCCACUGCCGAUAUCCAGUUACUUGGAACAGCUCUCUAUAAGCGAACCGGGAAAUCUGAAUGAUGAGUAUGGAGACAAACUUUUACGAAACUUUGUUACCAUUUGGACAAAGACAGCCGUGAACAGACAUCCACUUCACAGAAAGAUGAAUGAUGCCAAAUAUGUACCCUUACCAACACCGAUUCAGUUUGCGUCCUCUGUAGUGCCUUUACUUCACUUUUUAUUUAAUCAGCCAAUGCGAGAAAACAAUGAAAAUUUUAGAGACAUCAUUAUUUCUCACUAUUCAAGCACGAAGGGCAUGAUUCAACAAAUUGAAGUUAUUUUGAGAAAGAAGAUUAAGGACAACAUCGAAAUCGAACGCGUGUUUUCUAAAAAUUAUUGUUACAACGUCAUGCAACAUUGUCAAGAAGCGUACCUGCAAGACUCUCCGCCUUUUUAUCCUGAAAAAUAUCAUGUGUGGAAGCGUGAUCAUGCACUUCGGUUAUAUGCGUCCUUAGCGCGUGGCCCUUGUAAAGAAGAGUAUGCCAGUCGACUUGAGCGCGAGUGUGAUUUGGUUUGGAAAGAGAAUCGUCAAAGUUGUGAGCAUCUUAGCUUAACAGGAAGAUCUUGCCGCUUAAAAACUGGACAUGAAUCUAUCUCAUCUCAGUCACAAAAGAGAGAUGAUCGAGCUAUUCUGGCUGAUUCAGGCAAGCACAGUAGUGGUGUUACGUUUUUUCACGCGUGCAACUGUGGAAGAACUCAAAAGUUACGAGAUGAUCCUUUUGAUAUUAUGGACGCAAAUGUUAAGUUUUAUCAACGGUUUACUUGCUGUUUAGGAAAAGACCGAGCAGCGUUAGAUAUGAAGGCAUCUGUUUUUGGAGAUAAUCAGCAUCUUGAAUUAAGAUACGAUGAUGUACCUGCCGAUGACUCUGCGUUACUCCUCCUUGGGCCUGCCACUGUAUACAAAAAUAAUGUAGGAUUGGAUAAUGUAGAAGGGUUUUUGAACAACACCAAUUACCUUAUCCCAUGGUCCAUUACAACAGUAAAUGAUUUGAAGCUUCAUAAACAGGAACAAGUCGAGAAAAAGGCUAAAGAAACCAUAACGGCAGUACUACAGCCUGUCCCAAAUCAAGAAGAGUGGCCUGUUCUAGGAAAGGCACCUGCUGCAGCCUCAAAAACGACUAAAGUUAUACCAGCACCCACCGCUGCUUCGCUUGAAGCAUUUCCUGCACUAGGCACUAAUCCUCCACCCACCUCUACGCCUGUUAUUACACCUGAAAUACCUGUAAAGCAACUAUUUGAAGCCAAAGAAAAUAGCAAUAGUCGCGGCAGUAGUAGACGUAGACGAUACAAUAGAAUGCGAGAUAGACUGCAAGGAUUGAUCCGAGGCUAUAUAGGUGCGGAGUAUGAAUGUGCCCAGGGGCAUCGUUUCUUGAGUUGUGGUGAAGGAAGGGUUUGUAAAAUAGGACAUGCUGGUCAUCCAAAGGAGCAUGGAAACUAUUUUGUUCAUCAGGAUUUGAAUGUCUUUAUCCUCUGUCCCUGCUGUUACACGCCCAAUGGCAAUGGCAGUAGCGCUACAAUCAGCAGUUCAAGUGAAGUUACGGCUCAGUUAAUGCGAUUAUAUGUUGUCACUCCAGAUGAGGAUAUUACAAUUUCUAUAGAACCCAAGAUAAAGAUUAAUAUUCCUGGAUCUGACAAGUCAAUCCAUGUGGAUCUUGGUAUCCGUGAUCCUCUCUAUCUCGGUCCUGGAGGCACCUAUGUAUUGCGCUUGCCAUUUAUUUAUCGUGAUGAAAACGGGUUACCGAUCCCCAUUGAAACGGAUAUUGAAAGACGAAUGGCAAGUGCAGUACUACAAAAGGAUUAUAUAAAGUUCCAUUACAAGAAAGCAUCAAAAUGGGCAUUAACAGGAUAA